AUGGUCGUAUGUGCUGUGCAUAAAGGUGAAGAGAAACAUAUUGAGCAAAACCGUGUAGUUGUUGAGUUGGGAGUGCGAACUAAUCGUGCCAAGCGCUUAGCACAGCUGCCGAGUGUUGGUGAGGAAUCCAACCCAUAUCCACAACGCAUCGCUCGUGAAUCCGAAGCAUACGAGAUAGGAACUUAA